AUGGCGCUGGCGGAGCACGAUCCGCGCGAGUACGGCGUCGAGGACCUGGUCCUGCUCUCCACCAUCGAUCUCCCGCACAUCGUCUCCAAUCUCAAACUCAGGUUUCUUUUAUUAUACUGUGGAAAAUACGUAAAAAAAUUUUUCAAAAAGUUGUUGCUCUUUCAGAAAGAAAAAAAGAAAAAGGAAAUUUUUUUAUUAAGUCUUGAGACCGUCCGUUGCAAAAACCUUGCUGGGUUGAUAAAAAAAAAAGGCAUAGAAAAUUAAUAAAGAAAUUUGGUUAUUUCGAAAAAAAGGUGAAAAGUUAUGUGAACGAUUCAAUAUAAAAACUUCUAAAAAGAGGCUCGAUCUGUUUUUUUUUUCCACAAAAUGGCUUUCAGUAAAUGUAUCUUCUAAGCCACCUACUUUAUUCAUUUAUUGAGUUCAAGUUUUUCUAAGUUUUACGUAACGCUCAAAUUUCAUGGCCUCAAACAUAAGACGCGGAUUUCGUGUCCCGGGUGGUUUAUGGCUGUAAUUAAGCACAUUUUAGGGUCCCUUUGAUUGGGCGAGCCUAAUCCGAUGGGAACAAUCUGUUGACAUUUUGGCACAGCUUGAGUCAAAUCUGUCUUGAAAAAAUUCAACUUUCAUUCGGAGUUUUUCUUUCAUUUUCGCCGUAUUUAAUUUCCAAAAGUUGAGAUUUUUGACUCAAGUUUUGGUGAGAUGUUUUUAAUGGAAAAUUUUCCAAGGUCAAAAAUCGGUCAGUCAAGGGAUUGCCAGGUUUCGCGAGGUCCUCGAAACCCAUAGGCCUGCCUCAAAUCGCCUUCCGAACGCGAUUUGAUCCGGUUACGAUGAUUCUAUGAUUCAAUAAAUCCUCUCCUCUAGUUAUGCGAUACGGGGAAUUCACCAUGAAACUGUGGAACUUUCAAAACAAACCAAGUCAGCAGAAAACUAGAAAAGAAAGUUGUAGUUCUUUUUCUGAGUGAAUUCUCACCUUUGUGUUUUUUCUUGACUCUGGCGAAGAAACAGUUGCGAGUGAUUCAUUUUCUUUGAGUUGCGAAACACGCAAAAAAUAAUAGUGACUCAUUUUUCUCCUCCUGAAAUAGAAUGAGAAGACGUUUCUGCAGAGCAAAUUGCGAAAUUUUUAAAUCUCAUUCCAAACAUAUAGAGAGUUUCUAGUCCCUUUCAUGAAGAUAGCGGUUUGGGGCUUCGAUAGUGUUAUUUCAAGUUUAAGGAACAUUUGAUUGAUCGAAGAAAAAAAAAAUCAAAUUUUUAAUUGUCUGCACUGAGACCGACUAUGUCGUUUAGUGAGAAUCAGAGGGUCAAAAAAGUUUUUCAGGUACUCGAAAAGCAGAAUUUACACGUACAUCGGCGAAGUUCUGAUAGCAGUGAAUCCAUACAGACCGCUGAAUAUCUACGAAAAAGACACGAUUGAAAAGUACAAGGUUUGUACUGGAGUCUACUUGAUCAAAAAUUUACACCUUUAGGGCAGAGAGAUUUAUGAAAGACCGCCGCACGCUUUUGCCAUCGCGGAUGCGGCCUACCGGUCAAUGAAGCGGUUUGGCCGCGAUUCCUGCAUCGUUAUUUCCGGUAAGUGGUCAGGUUUUUUUUCCAAUUGUGAGAGAAAGCUUCCAAUAACUAUAAUAGUGUUUUCACUACGUUUCAAUCAAUUUCUCACAAUAUAUUCAGGAGAAUCCGGCGCAGGAAAAACCGAGACGAGCAAAAUCAUCAUGAGAUACUUGGCGGCCAUCACAAACGUUCAGCAACAAAGAGAAAUUGAACGGUAUUUUUUGUUUCGAAUUUUUCGAAAAACGCCACGUUGCGCCUUUUUUUUCUUCUUCGGACAAGAGGAGAUUGAAAUCGACGAGGUCAUUGAAAGAAUGAAGAAAAAAAAUGGGCAAUUAGUCGCCUUGGAGUCGCGCGGAACUGCCAUAUGGCACCUUUUUUCAGGGGCGGAGGACUGAAUUUUUGGGAUUCUUGGCAUUUAGUUCCGAAUGAAAACAUGGCGUAUAAAAAGUUUAACUUCAAGGAAAAGUUAAAAGCUCUUCUCUUUUUUUCGCACACUGUUCUCCUAGGUUUUAAGGCCGUCAUUGAAGUUUCGCCCAAGUCUCUGAAUGAAUAAUCAAUCUGCAGAAUUGGUUCAAAAAUACUCCGGAUAUCUAACCCAUUCACGGUAUCCAAUUUUGAGACUGAUUUCUCAUGAACAAAACUUCGGCUUUCCUUGAACCUUGACGCUGUUAGAAUCAAAUUCUCUCUUCUUCUGAUGAUUAUCUAAUAAGGGAAGUCCGAAAAGACACAGUUUGAGAAUUCGAUGAAACUUUGCUGAGAUGUACUCCCAGGUCCUCUGAUUCUAGAACAAAAAAAGUUUUACGCCUUUUGCCUUUAAGCGGAGUUAUAAAACCUCAAAGUUUGCACGCAAGAAAUGGCUUUGUAAGGAAGAGAUAAUACCAAGCGCGGUGUUGCCAUUGCAGAAGUCAGUGAGGGUGUAGUGGUUAGAAGCAUUGCGCUGUGGAAAGUGUAGUCAACGUUCGAAUAUUUCAAGGAAAAAGUUUUUUUGCAGUUUUUUCAGUAGAUGGUUGAUGAACGUGGGGAGAAAGAACGAAGGUAAUUGCAUAGUUUCAUCAAAUCCUCAAAUUUCCAUUUCCCUUGUAAUCUUUUCAGCCAAAACUUUUAAAUCCACUUUAAGAGUGAAGAACGUGUUGCUGCGGUCGAACUGCAUUCUGGAGGCUUUUGGUUGCGCGAAAACGACGCGAAACGACAAUUCGUCUCGGUUCGGAAAGUACAUGCAGAUCAACUUCAACUAUGCUGGAGAUCCUGUUGGAGGCAACAUAUCUAAUUAUUUGCUCGAAAAGGUCAGAUUCUGCCGCAGAUUUGGUUAUUGAGUUUGAAUGUUUCAGUCGCGAGUUGUCCGGCAGCAACAGGGAGAAAGGAACUUUCACAUUUUCUAUCAGCUGCUCCGAGGCCUCGACGAGGGUCACAUGAAGCAGUUCGAAUUGCACCGGGACCCCAACAAGUUCUACUUCCUUCAUCAGGGAAGUUCUGACAAGGUGAGGCAUACAUGCUGAUGCAAGCAAAGAAGCAUCCGAGGAAAAAAAAACUUCUUCAAACGGAACCUGUUACAAAAAGUAGAUUAUUUUUGUAUCGGCCUUUUGUUUUCUCGUCGUCUCGUUACCUUUAUUUGAAAACUUUACUGAUUCUUUAGGUGAACUUACUAGUUAGUGUAGGGCUGCUAAUGCAAAAAAAGCGUGAAAAUCUUGACUUUCCUUCCGAAAAAAAUAAGAACGAACUGAUAUAUAAUCUUUUUGGAGAAUUUUUGUCGCUCUAAACUUUCAUUUAGAAAUUUUCCAAGUUGAAGCUUGGAACAAGGUUAGAAAAAAUUAGACUGACCAAAAUUCAAACAUGAGUUUUUAGGUUGCUUCGAUAGACGAUCAACGUGAUUUCCGCGAAGUCCAACAGGCUCUGAAAUCAAUCUCGACGUUCAGCCAAACCGAAGUCGACGGGGUUCCUCUACUACAGAAACUUGAAAGGAGUGAUGAGUGAUUUGAGAUGUGGGCGAUCGUCGCCGGCCUUUUGCACCUCGGAAACGUGACUUUUGUCGAUGGCGGCGAUUCUUCCGGAAGUGUCCUUGUUCGCGAUAAGGUUCCUUCCUCACUGAAGUUUUAUAUUGAUUAUUCUUGUCAGAAUGCUUUGCAACACGCUGCCAAGUGCUUCAGCGUCACGUCAGACCAACUUUCCAAAGCCCUCACUUCUCAGGUUAGUUCUUUUUCGGAAAAAAUCAGUGAAUUUUUAAAAAAUUUGAAGGAUACUUCAAAAAUUUCCCAUCAACUAUUGUAAGUUCACUUCGAGGGAAGUUGAUAGAACUUUUCCAGGGUUUUAAAGUUUUGGAAUUGAAAAAUCGCUCGGUUUCAUUUUUUUUUUUAGAGUUUUAUUUUUUGUUAUUUUAUAUUGUUAAGAAGAGGUUUUUUUUCUUCAAAUUUAAUUUUUUCAGGUUGUUGCUGCACAAAAAGACAUCGUUAGCAAGCAACAUGAUGCGAACGCCGCUUUGUACACAAGAGACGCCUUGGCCAAGGUUUUCCCAUUAUCUUCUUUUUCGUUUAAAAAAAGUUUGCAGGCAGUUUAUGAGCGACUAUUCUCCUGGGUAGUCAGCAAAGUAAACGAGGCGAUUGCCUACGACACGAAUUCGCGCUACAGCAAAUCUACAGUGAUCGGCGUCCUCGAUAUCUAUGGAUUCGAGAUUUUCGGAACGAAUAGGUUUGCACGUGAAUUUGAAAGGAGAAAGAGUAUAAACUAG